AUGCUCGCCUCGACGUUCACAGCGCUCUUCGCGGUGCUUGCUGCCCUGCCCACACAGGGGUUCUUCAUUCUCUCGCAGGAUAUCCUUGUUAAUACGCGUCUUGACCCCAUUGUCAACCCCGGCAGCGUCUCAGGUCACGUCCACAGCAUUGCCGGCGGCAGCAACUUUGACAAGACCAUGUCUUACGACUCGGCUCGUCGGUCCAAGUGCACCACCGCACCGGUCUCGGUCGACCUCUCCAACUACUGGGUUCCUCAACUGUACUAUUACGAGCCCAUCGCAAAGACGUACGAAGCCAUCUCGGUUGCCUACAUCAACACCUACUACCUCCCCCGCGGAAACGGCAAGAUCCACGCCUUCCCCGAUGGUCUUCGUAUGAUCAGCGGCAACCCCUUCCGGCGGACGUACAGCGGGUCGGCGGAGGAUGCGGCGGUCAGCUUUGUGUGUCUUGACUACUACAAUGACCACAGAGGUGAUCCGGCGUGGGAUCAGAGGAACAACUUCUUCAAUCACAACUGUCCCGAGGGGAUGAGGGCUCAGGUCAACUUCCCCUCGUGCUGGGAUGGAGUCAACCUCGACUCGCCCGACCACAAGUCCCACAUGGCGUUCGCGUCCGGCGGUCCCGAGGGCGGAGGUGACUGCCCCGCUUCCCACCCCGUGCAUCUCGUCACCCUCUUUUACGAGUACAUCUUUGAGGUCCAAAAGUACCCCUUCAACAACGGCUCGGACCCAACUUGGGUAUUCGCUCACGGUGACACCACCGGCUACGGCUUUCACGGCGACUUCCUCAACGGCUGGCCGUCCCUCGUCAACGGUACCAACGUCCUCCAGGAGGCCAUCGACCAGUGCAACCAGAACAAUGGCGUCGCUGGCAACUUGGCCGAGUGCCCCCCUUUCGUCCCUUAUCUCAACUAUGACGGUGCGCACGCCUGCAAGGCCGAGAACCCUCAGGUCAACGAGGAUAUCGGUUUCGGCCACACCAUCCCCCUCCUCCCCGGCAACAACCCCAUCUGGAUCGGGAACGGUACCAAGCCCAGCAACCCCAACUACGUCGAGGGCAACACCUCCUACACGGACUUCAAGUCCAUCAUCGCCCCGGGUUACGACUAUGUCGGGUGUAUGGCCGAGUCCACCGACGGCCGGUCUUUGCGCGGUGCCAGCUUCAUCGACAACAACAUGACCCGCGGGGCUUGCGUGAGCUGGUGCCAGGAUAAGGGGUACCCACUGUCCGCCACGCAGUUCGGGAAAGAAUGCUACUGUGACUUUGCUAUCCGCGGUACCGCCAGUAACACCACCCUCCUCGCCGACGACAAAUGCAACGUCAACUGCGCCAACAACAAUAAUGAGAUCUGCGGCGGUGCCAACGCCCUCACCCUUUACAAUAACGCCGGCAUGUACCCCACUGUCACGCUCCCCAAGGGCUGGUCUGAUCAUGGUUGCAUGACCGAGCCGAGCGGCGCAAGGGCACUGGGCGGAUACGUUUUCGCGGCGGGCGACAUGACGCCGGAGAAGUGCAUGACCGAGUGUCAGUCCAGGGGUUUCAGCUUUGCUGGUGCAGAGUACUCCUCAGAAUGCUACUGUGGCACCUCAUUCCACUCUGGCUCCGUCAAAGCGCCCGACGCAGAGUGCGCCAUGACCUGUUCCGGGAACGACAAGCGCACCUGCGGCGGUCCCAGCCGUCUCACCACUUGGUCAUUCGCCAACCAAACCGCUACGCCCGCUUACGUUGGGUGCUUUGCCGAGGGCAGCCCGCGUACGCUCAACGGCACCAGCUACAGCGACGCGAGCAUGACCAACGAGGGGUGUGUGGCGUACUGCGGGGGCAAGGGCUUUGCUUUUGCUGGAAUGGAGUACACCCAGGUCGACCAGGGGACCAUGCCUCAGGUGAGCUCCCCUACUUUUGUAUUUGGAUCUUGCUGA